AUGUUGAUGCUCAACAGGUGCUCAUCAAGAACGCAAAGAAUGCCGCAGUCCCUCUGCCCGGGUGGGCAAAAGGGCAGGCCGCCCGCCGCCGCCGCCGCGCCGCCGUCGCCUCGCAUUCCUCAAACGGGCGCGGCCGUCUCCGCUCCCAGUGCGGAGGUGCAGUCCAACCCAUACGGACAGCAGCAGAGGCCGCGCGAGCCGUCCCCCGCGGACGGGCUGCUGCUGGCCCGGCUGCCGGUCGUGCCGGUGGCCGCCGCCGCGGCCUCGUGGCCCCCGGCGGACGUGGCCCGAGGGGCCGGCGGGGAGCUGGCCAAGUACGGCCUGCCGGGGCUGUCGCAGCUGCGGAGCCGCGAAUCCUACGUGCUGUGCUACGACCCGCGCGCGCGCAGCGCCCUGUGGGUCGUGGAGCGCCUCAACCCGGCCGCGCUGAGCGGGUCGUCGGAACGCGGCGCCUGCGAGUUCCGCGAGGACGACUCGGUGCACGAGUACCACCGCGCCACCAACGCCGACUACCGAGGCAGCGGCUUCGACCGGGGCCACCUGGCGGCCGCGGCGAACCACCGCUGGAGCCAGAAAGCCAUGGGGGACACCUUCUACCUGAGCAACAUCGCGCCGCAGAACCCGCACCUGAAUCAGAACGCUUGGAAUAACCUGGAGAAAUACUGCAGGAGUCUCACCAAAUCGAACAAGAACGUCUAUGUCUGCACCGGGCCACUUUUUCUGCCCAGAAUGGAGGGUGAUGGGAAGAUGUACGUAAAGUACCAGGUAAUUGGGAAAAACCACGUGGCGGUCCCAACACACUUCUUCAAGGUGCUCAUCCUGGAAAAGCCCAGUGGGGAGAUUGAGCUGCGCUCCUAUGUCAUGCCCAACAGCCCGGUGGAUGAGAAGAUCCCCUUGGACCGGUUCCUGGUUCCCAUCGAGAGCAUCGAACGGGCCUCGGGCCUUCUCUUUGUUCCGAACAUUCUGAAAAGGACUAGCAACUUAAAAGCCAUCGCAGCUGGAAGCCAGAUCCCUGGGAGCUGAGCCUCAUGCCAGGAGACCUGAACUGGGAUUCCCCCAAGGACACGGCCCCUUUUCCUGCAACUGACGACUCUCUGGGAGUUUUCUGGGUUUUGUAUGUUUCCCCCCACUGGGAAUGGGUGCAGUGCUUCCCCGACACCCUAGUUCAGAGCUUUACAGCUGGUCAAAAACCCCACUGGCCUUUGGCCUUUGGUCCCUUGCCAUGGCCUUCCCCACCACUGGGAUGUGGCCCUCAAGGACGUCCCGAAAAUGAAUUUGGCCCCAAAUGUGCUGAAAGAGAUCAAACCCUCCUGCGAUUUGCGAGGACUUCCUGGUAUCCGAGUACUGAGUGUCUGGGCUGUUCAAACGUGCUUCCUGCAGCACUUAAUUACAUAGCAGGCAGAGUUAUUUUCUGUCUGGCUAAUUACUGUGACAUGGGGGGGGGCAGAGCCAAGGGCCACUGGGAGGCUGCCCCCCCCAUCCAGCAGCGUCACUUUGCCUCCUGAUUCCCCCCUACUUCAAACUGCAAGGACUGCAAAGCUUGUGCUGACAAGUGAUGUUUGCUGCCUUGUAACUGGAAGAGUUCAAGCAAUAAAAUUAAUUUAAAUUGA